AUGAGCAUAUCUUCCAAGCAGACACCCGAAGAGCUUAAAGUCGAGGAUGUCGCGCUUUGGGGCGUUGAAGAAGUGCUUAUUUGGGUCGAGCAGGUAAUAGGCAGCUUGGGAAUCGAAAACGCUGAUGAUGACGAGGAAGAAGAAACCAAGAGUAAUCCUCUACUUGCAAAAGUGCAAGACAAUUUCAAAGAGAAUGAAAUCGAUGGUGCAUCUAUUUUGGAACUCGAUUUGGACGAUUGCAAGCAAUUGAUGGAGAAUGAUGCAAAGUGGGCAGUUCAAUUGAAACUUGAAAUAAAUAAACUCAAGUCUCAAAAAGGUACACAAGAAGACGAAAUUCUCGCAGUUUUGAGCCAGCUGUAUUCGACCGUCAGCGACAAACUACAGGACUUUCAAAACCAAUACUCUCGAUUGCGACUGGACGUGCUUGAAGUCGUGAAAAAAGAUCCAGUCUCGGUACCGCAGAGUCACCAAUUGACAUCUGGCUCUGUCCCUGCUUCCGCACACAGUCAUGCACCACAACAAGACUACUUUGAAGGCCACCGUGUGGUCACACCAUCGUCACCCAACAACCCCACAGGGCGUCAGCCUCUCAACAGGUCUACCUCAAGCACCGCGUCACAACAAAAUGCCACUACUCCUGCGGUCAGCACUCCGUACUCUCUUCCCACAUCACAACCGGGAAACGAGCCCCUCAAGCACAUGCGGGCUUCGAAAGAAGACUCUUGCGAAAGAAUAUUGAAAAGUGCUAUGAAACGCCAUGGACUUAGCGAGCAGGAUUGGCGACAGUACGUACUAGUCAUUUGCUAUGGUGAUCAGGAACGUAUUCUGGAGUUGGACGAAAAGCCUGUCCAGAUUUUCAAAAAUCUUAAACAACAAGGUCUUCACCCGGCGAUCAUGCUGCGGCAACGUGGAGAUUUUGAAGAAGUAAAUAAUGGCCUAACCCCCGGUGGGAGGUUGUAA